AUGUUCACCAUAUGCAUCAUAAUAACUUUUAUUCACUAGUGGUAGAUAAAAGUGACACAAAACAUUCUUAGAAGUUGACAUGCACUGUGAACCUAUAAGUCAAUAUUUACUGCGAGUGGAAAGAGGGUAGUAUUAAGUUUACGCAAUAUGGCACGAGUGGGUGUGGUGUUGGCUAAUACACAAGAAAAAUCUGGAAUUACAGCUCAGGUCUGGAUGUUAGAGUGUUUGUGGCGAUGAACGAUACAGGAACAAAGACUUGACAUAGCUUCCUUCCUGUUUGUUAGCAGGGUAUAUGACUGUUCUCUCCCAAUGCUGGGUGUAAGAGAAGCUUGACUUCCCACUUGACUUCAAAAAGGAUUCACCUGCAGUGUCAAGAUGGCUCUUAGAUUUCAAGUUCUUAGAAAGGAAAAAACAAUGACAGACCGUGAUUUUGAGAGACAGUUUGUGGAUGCCCAUAAUGACUACCGCCAGAAGCAUGGUGCCCCGCCCCUGUCGCUGAGUAAAGACCUUUGUAACUCCGCCCAGAAAUGGGCAAAUCAUCUUCUGUCAUCAAAGUGCCUGAAACACAGCUCCACAGAUCAUGGAGAGAACCUUUACUAUGCAUCCAGCUCUGUUCCCAAAGAAUAUAAUGGGAAGGAUGCAGUGGAUAGUUGGUACAGUGAAAUCAAAGAUUACCACUUUGAUAAGCCUGGCUUCACCUCUGGUACAGGUCACUUCACCCAGGUGGUUUGGAAGGACUCUAGAGAGGUGGGAGUGGGUAUUGCCACAGAUGGGAAAACCAUCAUUGUGGUGGGCCAGUACCACCCAGCAGGCAACAUCAGUAACGCUGGCUACUUUGAGAAGAAUGUCCUUCUACCAGGUAGUUCCCCCUCUGACAGACACUCUUCACCUGUAAGGAAACCUGAUCCCAGCCAGAAAGGCACAACUCAUCCUGAGGGGAAAGGCAGUGACCGUGUUUUUGAGAGGCAGUUUGUGGAUGCCCAUAAUGUUUACCGCCAGAAGCAUGGUGCCCCGCCCCUUACGCUGAGUAGAGACCUGUGUAACUCCGCCCACAAAUGGGCAAAUCAUCUUCUGUCAUCAAAGAGCCUCCAACACAGCUCCACAGAUCAUGGAGAGAACCUUUACUAUGCAUACAGCUCCGCCCCCAAAAAAUUUGAUGGGAAGGACGCAGUGGACAAUUGGUACAGUGAAAUCAAAGAUUACCACUUUGAUAAGCCUGGCUUCACCUCUGGUACAGGUCACUUCACCCAGGUGGUUUGGAAGGACUCUAGAGAGGUGGGAGUGGGUAUUGCCACAGAUGGGAAAACCAUCAUUGUGGUGGGCCAGUACCACCCAGCAGGCAACAUCAGCAAUGCUGGCUACUUUGAGAAGAAUGUCCUUCCACCAGGUAGUUCCCCCUCUGACAGACCCUCUUCACCUGUAAGGAAACGUGAUCCCAGCCAGAAAGGCACGACUCAUCCUGAGGGGAAAGGCAGUGACCGUGAUUUUGAGAGCCAGUUUGUGGAUGCCCAUAAUGACUACCGCCAGAAGCAUGGUGCCCCGCCCCUAACACUGAGUAAAGACCUUUGUAACUCCGCCCAGAAAUGGGCAGAUCAUCUUCUGUCAUCAAAGUGCCUGAAACACAGCUCCACAGAUCAUGGAGAGAACCUUUACUAUGCAUCCAGCUCUGUUCCCAAAGAAUAUAAUGGGAAGGACGCAGUGGAUAAGUGGUACAGUGAAAUCAAAGAUUACCACUUUGAUAAGUCUGGCUUCACCCCUGGUACAGGUCACUUCACCCAGGUGGUUUGGAAGGACUCUAGAGAGGUGGGAGUGGGUAUUGCCACAGAUGGGAAAACCAUCAUUGUGGUGGGCCAGUACCACCCAGCCGGCAACAUCAGCAAUGCUGGCUACUUUGAGAAGAAUGUCCUUCCACCAGGUAGUUCCCCCUCUGACAGACCCUCUUCACCUGUAGGGAAACGUGAUCCCAGCCAGAAAGGCACGACUCAUCCUGAGGGGAAAGGCAGUGACCGUGAUUUUGAGAGCCAGUUUGUGGAUGCCCAUAAUGACUACCGCCAGAAGCAUGGUGCCCCACCCCUAACACUGAGUAAAGACCUUUGUAACUCCGCCCAGAAAUGGGCAGAUCAUCUUCUGUCAUUAAAGUGCUUGGAACACAGCUCCACAGAUCAUGGAGAGAACCUUUACUAUGCAUCCAGCUCUGUUCCCAAAGAAUAUAAUGGGAAGGACGCAGUGGAUAAGUGGUACAGUGAAAUCAAAGAUUACCACUUUGAUAAGUCUGGCUUCACCCCUGGUACAGGCCACUUCACCCAGGUGGUUUGGAAGGACUCCAGAGAGGUGGGAGUGGGUAUUGCCACAGAUGGGAAAACCAUCAUUGUGGUGGGCCAGUACAACCCAGCAGGCAACAUCAGCAACGCUGGCUACUUUGAGAAGAAUGUCCUUCCACCAGGUAGUUCCCCCUCUGACAGACCCUCUUCACCUGUAAGGAAACCUGAUCCCAGCCAGAAAGGCACGACUCAUCCUGAGCGGAAAGGCAGUGCCAGUGAGCUUGAUACAUUUGUCCGUGAUCUUCUGACGUCCCUGAAUCAAUAUCGCAGUCAACACGGGGCAGGACGUCUGGAGUUGAGCUCUGCCCUCACGAGGGAGGCCCAGGAAUGGGCAGAUCACCUUAUAAGCAUCAACAGACUGAUGAACAGCAACAGAGGCCAUGGAGAGAACAUAUUGUGCCUCUCGGGAUCCAGUAAAACAGCUCCUACGGGAUCUCAUGUAGCUGAGUCUUGGUACAAGGAGAUUGAAAAUUAUGACUUCUCAUCCCCUGGUUUUAAGAACGGAGCAGGUAACUUCACUCAAAUGGUGUGGAAGUCCUCAAAACAAGUAGGUCUGGGCUUGGCAACUAAUGGGCUGGGCAAAUUUAUUGCUGUGGCAUUCUUCGAUCCAGCGGGCAACAUCAACAACACUGGCUAUUUCCAUGACAACGUGAAAACCAAAGGCAGCAGGAUGUAGCGUGAGCCAUAGUGUGACAAGGAUUUACCAAUGGUUUCUAUUGCUUUCUUCUUUAGGGCCUUUAUUUGUUCUUCUUUUUUAAGGCUGGGAAUCUAUAUGUAUUAGAGUAAAUCUGUAGAGAAGCCCUAUCACUUCUGUUAUGUUUGUUAGAAAAUGGUCAUGUGAGGGUAUGGUUUGGGAUAUAAAUUACAAGGUUUAUUUUCUUAAGUCUGUAUGAGUUGAUUUUACCUUUUAAAUGACAUUUGUCCCUGUAUUCAGGAAGUUGGACACAGACAGGGGGACAGGCAGGUUUCAGUCCAGUUGUAAGGGUGGACAUAGGGAUUGAACCCCAGUCUCCAGUAGGGAAGGGGAAUGUGUGUUACUAGUUGAAAGUUUUAACGUUAGAUUUUACAUUGUCUUUAUUCAGUGCCAAAUAGUUUUACUGUUUACAGGAAUUUUAUACUUUCUA